AUGUAUUACAGCAAAGGCAACUACGAAGCCUUUGCGCGACCAGUCAAGCCCGAAGGCAUUGAGUCCAAAACGGCAUGGAUUGUCGGCUCUGGCCUCGCUGGUCUUUCAACUGCCGCAUUCCUUGUGCGCGAUGCUCAAAUGCCAGGAGAGAACAUCACCAUCCUCGAAGAACUCAAGAUCCCAGGCGGUGCCUUAGAUGGCAUCAGGGAACCCGAGAAAGGGUUCGUCAUCCGCGGUGGUCGCGAGAUGGAAUCUCACUUCGAGUGCCUUUGGGAUCUCUUCCGUUCUGUUCCCUCGAUUGAGGAGAAGGGAGCUAGUGUUCUUGAUGAGUUUUAUUGGCUCAACAAGAGAGAUCCGAACUUCUCGCUCCAGCGCGCCACGAUCAAGCAAGGUCAAGAUGCAGAGACUGGGAAGAUGUUUACCCUGACCGAAAAGGCCCAGUCAGAGAUGACGAGGCUUUUCCUUGCUACUAGAGCUGAAGUUGAAAACAAGCGUAUUGACGAAGUCUUCAGCGAGGACUUCUUCAAGAGUAAUUUUUGGCUCUACUGGCAGACCAUGUUUGCUUUUCAGACCUGGCACUCUGCUUUGGAGAUGAAGCUGUAUCUUCAUCGUUUUGUCAACCAUAUCAAAGGCAUGCCUGACUUUUCGACCCUCAAAUUCACAAAGUACAACCAAUACGAGUCUCUGGUGCUGCCAUUGCAUAAGUGGCUUGAGGAUCAGGGUGUUGUAUUUCAGUAUGGCACCGAGGUUCAAGAUGUUGACUUCAACAUUGAGGAGAACAAGAAGACUGCAACUUUCAUUCAUUGGAUCAGAGACGGAGAGAACGGUGGUCAGUCCCUGGGAGUCAACGACCUCGUCUUCAUGACUAUUGGUUCGUUGACGGAGAACUCUGGCUUAGGUGAUCAACAUACCCCAGCUAAACUCCAUGAUGGUCCAGCUCCCGCCUGGGACUUGUGGCGUCGUAUCGCAGCCAAAGACCCCUCUUUUGGCCGCCCUGAGGUUUUCUGCGACAACAUCCCUGCGACAAAGUGGAUGUCAGCGACUGUCACGACUUUAGACAAACGUGUGCCUGAGUAUAUCCAGAAGAUCUGCAAGCGAGACCCUUUCAGCGGCAAAGUCGUAACUGGAGGUAUUGUCACAGUCCGUGAUUCUAGCUGGAUCAUGAGCUGGACGGUCAAUCGCCAGCCUCACUUCAAGAACCAGCCCAAGGAUCAGAUUGUUGUUUGGGUCUACGGCUCACUUGUCGAGAAGAACGGCGACUACGUUAAGAAGCCUAUGCAAGAUUGCACUGGCGAGGAGAUCACCCAGGAGUGGCUGUAUCACAUGGGAGUCCCAGAGAGCGACAUCCCUGUUCUUGCGGCUGAAGGCGCCAAAUGCGUUCCAGUAAUGAUGCCAUAUGUCACAUCUUUCUUCAUGCCAAGAAAGGCUGGGGAUCGUCCCGACAUUGUUCCAGCUGGAGCAGAGAACUUUGCCUUCCUGGGGCAGUUUUCUGAGACAACACGCGAUACUAUCUUUACUACAGAGUAUUCUGUUCGUACGGCUAUGGAGUCGGUAUAUCGACUUACUGGAGUGGAUCGUGGUGUUCCAGAGGUAUUUGGUUCGACUUACGAUGUGAGAGUUUUGCUUGACGCGAUGUGUCAGUUACGAGAUGGUAAGGAAUUGGUGACGUGGCUGCCAGAGCGUAUUCGAAGGUUUCUUGUCAACAAGCUGGAAGGUUCACAGAUUGGCCAAUUGAUGCAUGAGUAUCAUCUUAUUUAG